UCAUGACUGAUCGCACGCGAUUUAUGUGCUGACUCAACUGUGCAGCUUGUAGAAGGUACAAAAACAAAACAACAAAAAAACAACCACAGAUCGAUUUUGAGCCAUGCGGGCAUUUUUAUUGUUAGCGAUGACGGCGCUGUCCCUCAGCCCGAUGUUGGUCUGCGCGUCCGAGAAGAAGAAACUGCAGAUCGGUAUCAAGAAGCGCGUGGACAACUGCCCCUUGAAGUCCCGCAACGGAGACGUGCUGAACAUGCACUACACCGGCAAGCUGGAGGACGGCACCGAGUUUGACAGCAGCGUUCCCCGCGACAGGCCCUUCACCUUCACGCUGGGCAGCGGCCAAGUGAUUAAAGGUUGGGACCAGGGCCUGCUCGGCAUGUGCGAGGGAGAAAAGAGGAAGCUGGUCAUCCCCUCCGAGCUCGGCUACGGAGACCGAGGAGCGCCGCCCAAGAUCCCCGGAGGAGCGACCCUAAUCUUUGAGGUGGAGCUGCUCAGCAUCGAGAGGAGAUCCGAUCUUUGAUGAAAUGAAGGAAGCUCAAAGGUCCUGGAGACAUUGUGCUUGGAGAGGACAUCCGAAGGCGAAGAAGACAACGUGACAAAUUUGGGAUGGGACUCUUCAACCAUCACCUCUUCAAACUUUGUUUUACUGGAUCAAGGUCGCUAGAAUAAGAACUGAUCUACGAUAAUAAAAACACUGCAGCAUUCCGAUUAAAUACACAUUUUUAUUUUUUUUCUGUUAUUUGCAGGCAUAAAAUCUGUUCGGCAGAUAAUUCCACUGACUGGGAUAUCAUAUCAGCUGUUGUUGACUUGAUUUGUAAAAUGACAAUAAAAAAUACCUUUGCAAAA